GACGAUCCAGACGUCUCCUUUACAUAACAUUUUGAUCCGCGAUAAGAAAGCAUAUAUUCACAUUCCAUGCGUACUGAUGGAGGAGGCGUUGUCAGAAGACGCGAGCGGGCGGAAGCCAAGCCAUUGUUACUUCCCGUUAGAGAGUGCAUUUUACUCGUCGUCUUUUUGGCAAUCCAAGCAUCAUGUUUUAUGACACAAGCCCCAGCACGAAGGUUUAUCUACCGACCUUAUCUGCCUCUAUUGCAAAAUCAACAUCACCGGCUGAUCGCUCCCCAGACUAUGCCUCGAAUCGAUCAUUGUCAAAAAAACGAAAGCGAAACACGAAACGCUACGAAAUUCGUCAAUUGUUUCAAAAAGCCAAAGAUCUCGAACGCAAAGGCCACUGGCGCAAGGCAGCCGACGUACUCAAUGAAAUUUUAGUUUGGGAUCCAGCCGACGCUCACAGCCACCUUGCUCUAGCGCGACUGGAAGGCCGCCGCUUUCCAGAUACUAACAAAGCAUGCGAAGCCUUUGGCAAAGGAACUGAAGCUUGCCCGAAUUCGGUGCAUCUUUGGCAGGCUUGGGCAGUUCAUGAGGAUUCCAGUGGUCACGUUGAUCGUGCCAGAGAACUUUUUGAGAAGGCUCUGGCAAUAGAUCCGCACAACCCUUAUGUGUGCCAUGCGUUCGGACUGAUGGAGCGAAAGCUGGGCAAUGUGGAAUCAGCGAAGAAAUUAUGGGCUCUAGCGCUACAGAAAAAAAGUACCGCUGCUUUGGUUUGUCAAAUGGGAGAGCUGUUCAUUGCUGAGAAUCAGCUGGACCAAACAAGAGAAUUGUAUUCAAAGCAUCUGCUACGGCUCGAAACAGCCAAAGAUCGAACCGAAGUCUACUUGGCGGCAGCCUGGUUAGAAGAACGCUACUUCACUAACUAUAUCAAAGCGGAAGAACUCAUAAAGAGUGCUCUAGCGCUGAAUCCUAGUAGCAGCGUGGCCCACGUGGCAUUGGCUCGACUCGAAGGCAGGAAUCGGCAGCGCAUACGAGGAGAAGGGUACGAGAGUGCCACCGCUAGGCGAUUGGCUAGUGCCUGCAUAAGCCUUGAGACUGAAGGAAACACUGUGCAGCCAGACGAUGGUCGAGUCUUUAAUGCCUGGGCUCAUAUAGAAAUCAAAGGACGCCGAUUUUCAUCGGCGCGUAACAUCCUGCGUCGGGGCUUGAGCAGGUACCCGGAAGACUAUUCACUUUUGCAGGCGGCAGGAAUAUUAGAAGAACGCGUGGGUAACUAUACUGGAGCUCGGGCUAUAUAUGGCAAAAGCCUGCGGAUACAGCCUGCUGCUCCAACUUUAGUCGCCUACGCUCUUCUGGACUUGCGGCACCCUUCAUCCGGAGAGGCCAACUUUACCAGAGUUAAAGCGCUCUUCGAAGAAGCCAUACUGUUGGAUCCUCGCCAUGGCCCAGCCUACAAUUCUUACGGAAAUCUUGAACUUCGACAAGGAAACAUCCGAACAGCACGUAACAUAUUCGAACGUGGUAUCUUAGCCCACUGUUCGGAUGUGGCUUCUGUCUAUCACGGCUACGCCCGUCUGGAAUUGUCCAUUGGAAAUGUGAAGAAAGCUCGAGAAAUUUUAGUAGAUGGCAUUCGUGAGGCAUGCCAGCAAGACGCUGGCAUGGAUUCGCCACAUCGUGAGCGAGCACUGUUCCUUUCACACACGUUAGGAAUGCUUGAGUUAAACAGCAAUCGUCCUAUAGACGCUCUGAGUAUUUUCAUCGACGGCGUCAAUCGGUACGGUAAUUCUUCACAGCUUCUUUUGGGCGCUGCCCUUUGUGAAGUAAAGCUCGGGAAUGAAGUCAAUGCCCGUAUGUUGUUUGAGCGAUCACUACUGGUCGACGAGAAGCACCCUCAGGCGUGGCAGGCUUGGGGCGUCAUGGAGCUUCGGGCGGGAAACACGCUUACAGCUCAAACUCUCUUUGAAUGUGGCAUCAAAGCGGCACCGAAGCAUGGUGCUUUGUGGCUCGCUUAUGCAAUUUCUGAAGGAAGACUUGGAAAUCCAGAAACGGCCCGGUCUCUCUUCGCUAACGGUAUAAAGCAUUCGCCUAGACACAUACCGCUAUAUCAAGCUUGGGCAUCCUUGGAACUUCGGGAAGCUAACUACAAUGCUGCGAAAGCCUUGAUUAGCGAGGCCCUAACCCGAGACAAGCGAAACGGCUCAGGAUGGCUGGUUGCUGCCGAGAUAGAAAAGAGUCUUGGUAACGCAGGACUUGUCAAUCUUAUACUAAGAAGAGGAAUUGAGUGCGCACCGACAAAUGCUGAGCUUUAUAGAGCCCUUGGAGACUCAUUGCUUCAGCGUGGAAAUGUUCUGGAAGCUCGUGAGAUUUUUGAGAAAGGAAUUGAUGUCGAUCCUCUCCAUGCCCCGCUAUAUCACUCGUUGGCAGAGCUCGAAGCCAGAAUAUUCAACGUCGAAGGCCUAUCAAAAUUAAACGCAAGGGCCACUAAACACUGCGGGUGAGGAAGCAUGGGGUACAAAAAUCCGAGCCGGUCGUCUAAGUAGUACGCCCACAGGGGUGAAGGCUUUAGCAGAGCGAAUUGUCGAGGAUGACAUCUCGGACCUUUUUUUGAAUAACACCAAUCUGGACCUAUUCAUUGAGAGCAUCAGUGAAAGCCUCAUGGAGGAUGGUCUGGUGGGUCAACUUUUCAAUAUGGAAAUGGACAGAAUAGAAAUUGACUCAGAUGUUGCUAAAACCUAAAUACCAUGCUACGCUAACGAAAGUAAAAGGGAAUUAACAGAAAAUGAAAACGAAGUUUCAGUCAACUAAAAGGAGGGUCGCGCUCUUUGCGUCCAAGUCUGGCUCGUUUCCUUGCUAACGUCCGUGUCAUUUACUCGAUGCAAAGUUUCUUCGCCUCGCCGCCCAUAACCAUUCUGACUUUUCGUCUGUGCAGAUGAAGCGAUGGCCUCAGCGUUUCUGAGCUCUGCUUCAGACAACUUUAGGUUCUCAGUGAGUACAUCAAUUUUAUCAAUCAUAUAUCGCUCUUCUUCGUCUCUCUUUUGCAAAGCCUCAACAAGCGAGUGAUUCUCAACAAAGGCGUUUUGCAGUCUGGUUUGCGUCACCUCGUAUCUACUCUUCAACUCCACGAUUUCUUCGCGCAAACGCGAUUCGUUCUUUUGUGAGAAUCCCGUGUUUCCACUCAAGUGAGACACAUUCAAGCUUUGAGUUUCUUCGUCGCGCCUCCCGUAGCCAUUCUGAUUUUUCGUCUGUGCAGAUGAUGUGAUGGCCUUGGAGUUCCUGAGCUCUGCUUCAGAUAAUUUUAGUUUCUCAGUGAGUACAUCAAUUUCGUCAAUCAUACAUCGCUCUUCUUCAUCUCUCUUUUGCAAAGCCUCGACAAGCGAGUGAUUCUCAAUAAAGGCGUCUUGCAGUCUGGUUUGCGUCACCUCGUAUCUACUCUUCAACUCCACGAUUUCUUCGCGCAAACGCGAUUCGUUCUUUUGUGAGAAUCCCGUGUUUCCACUCAAAUGAGACACAUUCAAGCUUUGCGACAUAUCUUCCAGAGCAUCGUGCAGCUGCGAAUUUUCUUUUUCAAGCUGUUGUACUGCAGAUUGCAACUCAUGAAGCUUCUUAACAUUUACAUCGUUUGGCGUGGAUCGCGAUAGCGUGGACAUUUCUUCAUCCAUUUUUCUGCGGAGAUCAUCAAUUUCUUUCUCCAGUGCCCGCUUUUCGCUUUCGGCCUCUUCCAGAUGUAGCUGAAGAGGUCGAAGUAAAUUUAAAGCUUCAUUGAGACUUUUGUUUAGGGCUCGUUCCGCCUGUCGUUUCGAUUUGAGCUCCUCUUGCGACUCCCCGAGCUUGUCGUUCAGCUCGUCAACUCGUUUCUGAGCUUCAUCCAGCCGAUGCUUGUCUUCUGCACUCAACGCCUGAGUUUGCGCUUUGGCAAGUUCCAAAUCGCCUUGUAUACCUCGCAAUUCCACUUCCUUUUUUGCUAAUUCCCCUUUGAGUACUAUCAUUUCACUUUCCAGAGCCCUUUGUGCAUUCUUCACCCCUUCACCAACAUCCCUAGCCGUCGCGGAUGGACCAGGUGAUAGAUGAUUCUCUGCCGAGCGUAGCCGUCCCUGCAGUUCGGUAUUUGUAGUUUCAGUCUCGUUAUUUUGUUCGUGAAGAGCGCUGAAUUUCGUGCGAGCAUCGCGUAACAAAUUUUUUAGCUUUUCUUCAGAGGCUCGUUUGGCCUGGAGAUCCUGCCGGGCUUUGGAAAGCGAUUCACCACCAGCCGGAGUAGAGGGGGAUCGAUUUGCCGACACGAGAACCGUUGCGCCUGCAAGUUUCGACUUGGAAAGCUGAAUCUGCAGAGAUUGAAUUUCUUGCUUCAGGUCUUCAAUCUCGUCAUCCUUUUCGUCCAUUUGCCUGCGCAUUCUCUUCAUUUCGUCUUUGUCGAUGCCGUUUUUCUUGAGUUGAUCGAUUUGAAACAGUAAUUGCUGUUUUUCCCUGUCCGCUUUUGCAGCAGCAUCUUGCAAUGGCUUGAGCAAGCCUACAGCUUCUUUAAGACUGGUCCGCAGCUCUACGUUUCGUUCCUCCCGCGCUUGUAAAUCGCCUUUGUACACCGACACAUGCGAUUCAAGCUCCGACACUCGCUUACGCG